AUGCGACUACAGGUUCUGCUUCACCCUCAAUUACGCACAACUCUACCAGAAUGCGCCCAGCGCAGUCUUCGGAGGAGCGUCUGGGUUCGAUUCAAGUCGCAGAUCCCUCGGCCGUCGCAGAAGCACCUUUCACCAUUACCCAAAUCGAAGGAAGCCCUCCCAGCUACGCGUUCUCCAGUCACAAGAACGCUCACACCGCCAAAGAUAACCACCAGGACAGGCCCACCUGAACGCAUCUUAGUCUAUUACGGAGGAACAGGCAGAGCUAUCUUUUUGGGGACGCUGCGAAUCACCACAGUACUUUUAUUUGGUGCAGCGUGUCUAAUCGUUGCACCGGCAUGCUCCGUGGCUGAUGAUUACCCCUGGUACAGCACACCUGCGGUGAUUGCCGCUGGCGCCCUCCCGAUGCUAUUUGUCUCCUAUACUGCUGCACCGUACGUGAACUUCAUCCAUCUAGCACUACCCGCCUUUGCGAGGAAGUCUCGGGAAGCUGCUGUCCAGUAUGCGAAAGACCUGCCUCCGACGGCGGUGCUGUAUCUCACCAGCAUGCGAUUCAACACUAUUCCCCGGCAAACAGUUGUUCGUCUAGGAGAUCUUGUUCCGUUCAACGACGCCUUGCGGCCAGUCACAUUCCAGAAUCUGAAUCCGUCACCACAACGAUGGUGGCAGGGCAGAGCUCCAACCCAGUUCUAUACUGGAACCCACAGCAAACCGGGGAGACAAACAUCGGCGUUCUUCCCAGAAUUGUGGAAUGGAAUAUACCAGCAAAUCCAAAAAGUCAAGUCGCAGCCUCAUUGA